CUCUGUGCGCGACGCCAUUUUCAGCCGCUCCGAGCGCAUCACGACCAGAGAAGUGGCGCUGGUUGCUUCUGCGACCAUUUGGACCGCUGCUGUUGUGGAGCUUGCAUCGCUGCGUGCAAAUUAGCCUUGUGGAGCAUCGCUGCCGAGUUGCACAGGCGCCGCCGGGGCGAAAUCACACGAGACGCCAUCGCUGCGAGCGAUGCCAGAAGCACUAGUGAUAGCGGGCUCCUACGAGGGCGGCCUCCACGGCUGGACCUUUGACAAUGAUAAUUACGAGCUCAAGUUCUCGUUCGCGGCGCACCAGGGCUGUAUACGGUGCGUCGCGACGAAUAGUCACGUCGAGGACGCCCAGCCGCUGUUGCUCACGGGCGGCGACGAUGAGGUGAUUCGGGCCUUUUCGUUGUCUACGUUCCGGCAGCUCGGGGAACUAUCAAAACACGCGGGCACCGUGACGGACCUGUGCUUCUGCGGCAGCAAGCACUUCGCGUCUGCAUCUGCCGAUGGUACCAUACUACUGUGGCGAUUAAAGGAGUGGACCUGCGUCCACGUCUUGGGCGGCCACGACAAGCCCGUGCAUUCCGUGGAUGCGCACCCUUCUGGAAGGAUGUUGCUUUCCACUGGAGCUGAUAGAACAUUAAGGUUGUGGGAUUUGGUCGAAGGUCGAGGAGCACAUAUCACGCGGACGAAGGGUGAAGCGUCGAAGGUGUGCUGGAACGGUCCUGCGACGAGCUACCUGUUGAUUCUAGGUGCGCGCGUCGAGGUCUUGGACGUGGAGACGUCGACGGCCGAAUUUGACAUUGAUGUGGGCGCGCGCGUCCUCGACGCGUGUUUCCUCUCUGGUACGGAUUUCGUGGCGACGGCGGACGGCGCGGGUUGUAUUAGUGUGUGGAGUGCACAGGGCUGCGUCUGGCGACGGUCUCGGCGCGGCGGCGGCCGCGUCAAGGCGCUCGCGGGUUUGAGGGUUGGUCCGUGUGACAAAUGCGCGUCGCUGGACGCCUGGGCGGCUUCUUUUAGACUCGUCGCCGCGGCGUCGUCUGGGGCUUGUGAAGCCUGGGCGCCGGCCGGGCCCGCCGACGAUCUUGAUGAUGAGGACGCCGCCGCGCCGGCGGCCGUCGCCGCGGGCACGACGGCGCGCCUCACUUGUUUAGCAGUGCACGCCGUGAGUACAACGCGGCCGCGGAGCAACAGCAGCUUCUCCGGCGAGGCGUCGAAGCGCGGCCUCAAGGACAAGCUGAAGCGAAAACGGGCGCGGUCGCGGUCCGGGAGCGGCGUGUAA